CUGGCAGGACAAAAUACCGAUAAUGAGAUACUUUAAACAUUUUUUUGUCUUGCCCUAGCCUUUGUCGGGGAAAAUAUGGCGUCGUUAAUAAAGUUCAAGAGUUUUGUUCGUCCCAUAACAUCGAAGAAAACUGGGAUUUUGUAUAAUGUUGUCAGGACAAAGGUGCUGACGAAUGAGGAUUGGAAGCCUGGACCCUACCCGAAAACAGAGGCGGAGAGGAGAGCUGCUGCCGAGAAGUAUGGCAUGCCUUACGAGGAGUACGAGCCAUACCCUGACGAUGGUUGGGGUCACGGUGACUACCCUAAACUCCCAAAGAUUGGAAUGGCCCUGAGGGAUCCCUACUAUCCCUGGGAUUGGCCAGAAGAAAGGAGAAACUUCGGUGAAGUGCUCCACGUGGAGAGAAACAUCCUCGGUGAAGAGAAUGCUGACUUUGGAGAGAAACAAUUUGUCAGUGAUAAGACAGUUUGGACCGUAUUUACACUAGUAAUAGCGUUUUUCUUCGGAACGCAUUAUCUCCUCGAGCCCUACCAGUGUUUCCGGCCAGUGCUGGAGAAGCAAAUACCUAAGCCAGGAGUCGUACACUACACAUUCGAGCCUGCACGCUAAAUCAAUUAAUUCCAUAAAUAAUUUGUAGAGGAAUUCGUCAUUAAAUUAAUCUGAAUCUAA